AUGAGACCACUGAAGAUCAAAAAAAUGGUUCGUAGUCCCGAAACUGGCUUGACUGUUGCCGCAAGCGUGGAAAGAGAGUUUUGUAUUCGUAACAAUGGCAAAUGGUGCGAAGAAAAUGCUUCGUCAUCAACAUCCCUCGAAAGGAUUGCUAAUGAACUUAAAGAGCUCAAGGAACAAAUAGGAGCUAUUUGUGCUGGAGACGUCGAUAACAUACGAAAAUGGCGAAUACAUACUCAAACAACCCAUCCACUAUCCGCCGCUCCUAAAUUGUUAAGGGAACAGUUUCAUUGUAAUGCGACCAGCCAGGCCUAUUGUAAAUUUCUUGAAAUUCUUGUACGAUAUCCUCGCUUACUGCAUAUACAUCCUUCAUGUAAAUGUCUAAGGUCAUUUCACCUUUGCGAAGCACCUGGACACUUCAUAUCUGUGCUAGAUCGCUUCCUCUGCACUUUCUAUUCCAAAAUGGAUUGGUUUUGGGAAGCGAAUUCUCUCAAUCCUCACUAUGAGGGAACAAGUGCCUGUGACAUGUUGCUUGAAGAUGAGAUAAUAUUAGGUCAACCAGAAAGGUGGUGCUUUGGAAAAGAUGACAGUGGAGAUAUCACCAAGUGGAACGAUGAUUAUGUUGGUUCGCUUACGUGUAAUGGGUGCUUUAAUUUGGUGACAGCGGAUGGAAGUUUAUACACUCAGGAUUUACCAAGUGAACAGGAGUCGAAAACACUGCCUUUGCUCGAGUCUGAGUUUAGGAUCGCUCUCCAGCUCCUUGCUAACGGAGGAUCACUUAUUGUAAAGAUUUACACUACAUAUUUGCCCAAAACCCGUCUUUUAAUCAGUAGCAUAGCUUCACAUUUCGAUGAUGUCUUUGUAUUCAAACCAAUGAGCAGCAAAGGGGGAAACAAUGAGCGUUACCUCAUCUGUAUGGGAUUCAAUCGUUCUGAGUCGAGUAACUGCGAUGAGACAACUGGCAGUGGUGUCCUUCUGAAUUGCGAAGCCUACUUUUCGGGUCUGCAGAGUUCGUUUAUCAGAGCAAAUUUAGAUUCAUACAAUACUAUUACAAAGGCAGAGGUUGGAAGGUAUCGCGAUCACGUAUUGAGGGAGUUUCACAAACGCGCCCUUACGAAUUAUAUCGGAAACCCAUUAAGAGUAUCUCACCUCAAUCAAGAACCACAGGAGCGUCCAUGGAUCGGCAUGUUCGGUCAGAAUUAUGUUGAAACGCUCCGGCGAAUCUGUGACGGGCAGUCAGCGCUGGAGUUUCUCAAAAACUUUCAUCAAUGUGAUGUAAUGACCGAGCAUGAGAAUAUUGGCAAUGUUGAAGUGGAAUUCGCCGAGAACGAGCUCGAGUUCUUCGAGUGGCCGAUGCAAGCGCUCCUAGAUGUUAAGGUAAUAGUGACAGCUCCACGUGUCGCUGAAGUUCUGCAUUCACUGUUUGUUCCUCCCGGUCUUCUUCGGUCUUUAAAAAUAUGGCAGUCUGAGGCUCUGGUUGACCUUUGUUCAUCUUCUCCACCGUAUGAAGAUGGCGGCGGGCGCUAUCUUCAGUCUCUUCAGUUUUGUGGAGUUAUAUCAGUAGAUGCAUAUCAACUGCGAUCUCAGAAGGAUUGGUGCUAUUUGUUGAGCAAUCUGCUAGAAGCAGUUCGGGAAGAGAAAAUAUCGGAGCUGAAGUUGGUUUGGUCUGCGUCAUCGAUACCACUUGUACUAUCGCGUUUUUCCGCAUCCGUCAUAGCAAUGAUGUGUGUAAUGUUUUUCCAGUUUCGAUUUGGAGACCACGAUGUGUUAGCUACAUUUUCCAAACCGAACUACUCAGAAGACAUUCCGACCACUUUGGAAUCUUAUCUCUCUAAGUUGACUCUUGCAGCAUCAUCGCAAAUGGAGAGGGUCCAUUGCUUCGUGCCAACAGCGAUGCUGGCCAUGUUACAUCCCUAUCUUCUUGACCUAAAUCGUCGUCAGUGGCAAGUGUUACUCUCAGGAAUGGACUUGAGCACUGUCGUAGACAAAGAUGUGGAGGCAUUAUGA